UAGCGCGUUGUUGUGAUCUAACAUGGCGGAGUGUAGUGUUGUGGCUGUUCAGUGUCUAUGUCAAUUUUAGAGUGAUUUUUCUUAAUAAGAACGAAGAAACUGCCAUGAUUGGCGAUCACUGUACCGCAGGGGAUCGAGUUAAAUAGUCACGUAUUGAUGAGUAUUUGUAUCGCAAAAGGACCGAGUUUAAUUUGGGUUUCGUUUGUCGCGGGAACCGUACACAGCGGUGAGAGAGCACGCAGAGUGCCGUCUUCCCAGCAACAAAUUUCUCUCCUGACCUUCCACGACGACAAGCUGGCCUUUCGAACCGACUCGACGCACGUUCGUGAUCCCGUCGCGUUCCAUACCUGCGACACGUGAAAGCGAAAACGUGCACGACGUGAGGUUUUCCCGCGCGUCCUGUGAGGUUUUCUUGGCGCAAGAAUCAAGGCUUAUGCAACGAAGAGCGCAUAAACAUCUAUUACGGUAAACAAUCUCGUUCCGUCAACCGAACAUCAAGGCAUGUGAGCUGGUCAACGGUCCGUUGUUGCUCUUUCGUAUCUUAGGAAUUGCUAGCGACGAAACUCGAUGUAUCAUCCAGGCUCGUUAAAGGACGUAUUGUACAAUUAGUGGUGAAAGCUGAGCGAAUAGAUAGAUCGGUGAAGUCUGUUGUUAAUUAUUAGAUACAAGCAAAGAUUCCUUAUGGCGUGUUUAUUAAUUGACAGUCGUAUCUUUGAUUCACCAAAACUAUUAGACCAGAAUAAUCAUAUGUACAAGUCAGAAUCUUAAAGAAAGCGUGCGCUUGAAUGUCUGUAUCGGAGUAAAAAGCCUUAAUGGGUUACAAGAGUCUGAUUGACAGAUCGAUACAUGCGGAUUGUUGUGCAUUUGUCGAUUCAUUGGAGAGUUGAAAAAUUGUAAAGGUAGUUUGGAAAGCCAAAGAGCUGGUGAAAAGAAAAAGGGAUGCAAGGUUGUUGGUGAUAAUAUUGAAUAGUGUGCAUCAGUUAGUUUUGCAAUAUGACGGAUACACGCAGAAGAGUAAAAUUGUAUGCACUCAAUGCAGACAGACAGUGGGAUGAUCGUGGUACAGGUCAUGUUUCUUCUUCGUACGUAGAUAGACUGAAAGGAAUUUCACUUUUGGUCAGAGCAGAGAGCGAUGGUUCUGUUUUGUUGGAGAGUAGAAUACAGCCUGACACUGCAUAUCAAAAGCAACAGGAUACAUUAAUUGUUUGGUCGGAAGGAGAUAAUUUUGAUUUAGCCUUAAGUUUUCAAGAAAAGGCUGGCUGUGAUGAAAUCUGGGAGAAGAUAUGUCAAGUUCAAGGCAAAGAUCCAUCCGUUGAAAUUACUCAAGAUAUUGUAGAAGAAUCAGAAGAUGAACGGUUCGAUGACAUGUCGGAUGCUGCACCUCCCAUAGAACUGCCUCCAUGUGAAUUGAGUCGUUUGGAAGAUAUUAACGAACUAAUAGGAAAUUGCUUAUCUUCUCAAAUGAGGAAAGAUAAAUUGGCAUUGGCUUUAGAAGCAGAGGGUUAUAUUAAAAAACUAUUAAAUCUGUUUCACACGUGCGAAGAUUUAGAAAACAUUGAAGGAUUGCAUCAUCUUUAUGACAUAUUUAAAAAUAUUUUCUUACUUAAUAAAAACACAUUAUUUGAAGUUAUGUUUAGCGAUGAUACAAUUUUCGAUGUUGUUGGAUGUUUAGAAUACGAGCCAACGUUACCUCAGCCAAAGAGGCAUAGAGAAUAUCUUCGACAGUUAGCCAGAUUUAAGCAAGCAAUUCCCAUUACAAACGCCGAACUGCUGGCUAAAAUUCAUCAAACGUAUCGAGUUCAAUACAUUCAGGAUGUAGUUUUACCAACUCCGAGUGUAUUCGAAGAUAAUAUGUUAAAUACACUCAGUAGUUUUAUAUUUUUUAAUAAGGUUGAAAUAGUAACCCUGAUACAGGACGACGAGAAAUUCCUUACCGAACUAUUCCGUCAGUUAACAGAUGAAGCAACAUCGGACAGCAAAAGACGCGAUCUAGUUCUUUUCUUAAAAGAAUUUUGUAACUUUUCUCAGAAUCUUCAACCGCAAGGAAAGGAGGCCUUUUAUAAAACUUUAACAGCUCUUGGUAUUUUACCUGCAUUAGAAAUUACUCUGGCAAUGAACGAUGCCCAAACAAAAACAGCCAGUAUAGAUAUAUUGACUUAUAUAGUGGAAUAUUCUCAGAGCGUUGUUCGAGAUUAUACGCUACAACAAAUAAAUAAUACUGAACAGGACCAAAUGUUAAUAAAUGUAAUAGUUGCUCAACUCGUCGGCGAUACUGAUCCAGAGUUGGGUGGAGCAGUACAACUAGCCGGUGUAUUACGUCUGCUCCUCGAUCCAGAGAACAUGUUGGCUUCCGUUAACAAAUCAGAAAAGACUGAUUUCUUGAAUUACUUCUACAAGAAUAGUAUUGGAACAUUGAUAGCGCCUCUUCUAGCAAACACUAUUGGAGAGCGACCGGCAAGGGAAGAUUAUAGAACGGUGCAGCUUUUAGGCUUGAUUUUAGAACUACUAUCGUUUUGCGUGGAGCAUCAUACAUACCACAUUAAGAAUUGCAUAUUAAACAAAGAUCUGCUCAAACGGAUACUGGUCUUGAUGAAAUCGACACACACGUUUUUAGUAUUGUGUGCUCUGAGGUUUAUGAGAAAGAUUGUAGCUCUGAAAGACGAGUUUUAUAAUAGAUAUAUCAUCAAGGGGAAUUUAUUUGCACCUGUAUUCGAUGCAUUUGUAAGAAACAAUGGAAGAUAUAAUCUAUUGGAUUCUGCUAUUCUUGAAAUGUUUGAGUUCAUCAAAUUGGAGGAUAUUAAAUCCUUAUGUUCACACGUUGUUGAAAAUUUUUCGAAAGAAUUGGAAGCAAUCGAUUAUGUACAAACGUUUAAAGCUUUGAAAUUAAGGUAUGAACAACAUCAAGACAAGUUAAAGGAUCGAGACAGGACAGCUCUUGACAGUGUUCCAUCCAUAUUGAGAAGUAGUAGUCGAUACAGAAGGGACCAGAGACAGUUAGACGAAGAAGAAGAAAUGUGGUUCAACGAAGAGGAAGACUUUGACGAGGGUGAAGCUGUCGUGCCCGCAGCAGCAGCAGAUCUUGUGCCUCCGGCUUCAGCUAAGAAACAGUCGUCAACUUCAAAUUCCGCACUUAAUCCUGCUCUUGCAGAUUCGAAAAGUCAUCAUCAACAGCAACAGCAACAGCAAUCUGUGUUGAACAAUAAUACAGCUAAUAAUAACAUUACCUCGCAGCAAUCACAAAUCAAUAAUAGUACAACAGCAACGAACGAAUCUCCGAUUACCUCGGAAGUGAAUCCAAAUUCGCCUAUUGGCUCGGUAGAAAAAACUGGUACUGCAUUAUUUAAAAAGGGCUUAGUCGAUUACGAGGGUGAUUCGGAUGAAGAAGAUGAGGACACGGAGGUAACACCUUCCCCGAAACGGCAAAGAUUGUCAUAGUAGGCAAACUGGAACAGAAUGAGAAAUUUGUGAUUUUUAAUCGCUACUACCAUUGUUGGCCCUCUUACGUGCACAAAGGACUUGAUCCGGAGAUCGUACAAUCAACCCUUCUUAAAAGAUGAAUCGUUCUUUUUAAGUGAGUGGACACCAGGAUACGUGUUUAUAAUGUGGUGGUAAUUGACGUACCUCGUUGUGUUGGGUUGUGUAUAAUAUAUGAAAGCACCGGUACUGAACGCAGGUGGGUGAAAGGGGUCUAAGAAAUGGGAUGUAUGUAAUUGAAAAAGCAAAACGAACGAUGAACCAAUGCGAUACGAAGGAAGAGAGAACUUUCUUUAAGAGAAACACGAUGGUAAAAUUGUGUAACAAUGUAUGACCACACGAGUGUUAACAGUAAAAAAAAAAAUUUUAAAAGAAAUAGUCCAUUCCACGUUAUCUGGAAACACCCCAUGUACUAGGAGAAAUUAUUUCAUGAAUAGGCUAAGAAACUCUAGCCAGGCCUAGUGGUUCUUGCAAGUACAGACUUCUGAGUGUGUGCUUGGAUUCAUGUAAUAAUGAAAUUGUGACUGUACGUCGUACAUACAUCUACUAAGAAGAAACUUAUUAUGUAAAAACAAAAAAAAUCACAUGUAAAAGUACAUGAUGUACCCGCACAAAAAACAACUGAGUGUUUUGUUUUGCCAUCCAUAAAUUUCGUAAUUCGUGUGAUGGGCAAUUAAGACCUGUCCUUUAAGGGGAUUAGACAUCAUGAAACUUUAUCCAAUUUAACAGAAGUAGUAUUUAGUUUGUAUAUAUAUGUAUAUUUGUAACGAUUGUAAAACAACCAUUCGUGGGUUAAGCAGAGAAUAUGCGAUUCCUUUACAAAUUCAGUUCCCUUUAAGGUUCUUUAAAUGAGCUUUUCGGUUGUCAAUGUAAGUAGUAGAAAUUGUACAAUAAACAUUUGAUUUGUGUAUAUUUACCAGUUUGCACUUCAUGCCCGAUAUUAUUCCUCGAUGUAAAAAGUAUAAUGUGAAAGUGUCUUGCAAUUUUUGAACAUUAAAUAUAACCAUCCUAUUCAUAUAAAUUAUUCGUAACUGUAUGGGCAGAAUAGGUCGCCUGGCAUUAUUGUGCUUUGUAAAAAAAAAGGAAAAAAAAAAUUAUUACGUAUAUUUGUGCAACUUCAUUCUUGCGAAAUUUCAUUAUGUAUACAUUUAUAACGUUGCGUGGUUUCAUCUAAAUUAUUUCUAACGACGUAACAAAUCUUUUUUUCUUUCGUGACUCGUAACUGUUAACAAAUACUCAAGAUUCAGAAAGAAAGAAGAAAAAAAAACAUUGAGAGCGUUAACACCUUGAAAUUGUAGGCUGACGCUUACCAAAAUUUAUUUUUAACACGUCAUAUCAUGAUAAACAGAAGUUCAUUGAUCUAAGUCAGCUCCAGAUAAAAGUGUCUACUUAGUUUUAACUAUCGAUACAACCGAGAAGGCUGGUAUUAAGAUAUAUAUAUUUAUCUAUAUAUUUUUUAAAUUGAUCUCGAUGUCGUUUCACUGAGAUGUUUUCUACAUUAAUAUUAUUUUAACGCGUGCCCUCGAUUGAUUAAGUUAACUUGAACAAAGCAUAAGAAAAAAAAGCAGGAGUAUUAUAAGCUAAUGUAUAGAUUUUUCACGACACAACCGAUACCCAACAGAGUUUCUAAGACUGCUUUAGAACUGUAUGUAUAUUGGAUAUUUCGUAAAUAGCAUAACGUACGCGUAUGCACGCCCAUGCAUAUACAUAUAUAUUAACUUAUGAUACUGAGAGAAAACAGAAUCUUGGACGUUAAUUCGGUUACGAUACGAGUAGAACACUUGUGAAUAUCCAAGUAGGCAAAUUCACUGGAGCUGAAUGCGACAUAUGUACAUAGAAGACAGAGAGUGCAACUUGGACUGACCAUAGAGAGAAAGGAAUGUAACAAAGGCUAAAUAUUAAUUAAGAGGAUAUCGAAUAACGUUGUUCUUUAUGUGUUUUACAUAUAUAGUCACAAUUUAUUCGAUAUAACAAGGGACGAAAUAAUAUUGUUAGACAGAGAAAAAGAAACGCUAAGUCGUCAACGUGUAUGGGAAUGUAAGUAAAGAGAAAGAGAGAGAGAGAGAGAGAGAAAGAAAAAGCGAGGGAAAAAAGUGAAGAAUCGAUAUCGAAGUGAUAUUAGAGUAAAAAGCGCGGUCGUGUAUGCUAUUUAAGCUAAAUUUAAUACAUACUUAUAUGGAGUGUUUCAGACUUGUUCGUUGUCACAUCGCUUUCAUUGCUGUUCUUUUUAUUUAACGUUCCUGUCACCCAUUGCUGGUGCCUUCGAACUGCGUAUUUAACAUAAUUUUUGCUAUUCCUUUUGUAAAAUCUUGAGUACAAGCCGAGGCUUCCUAUGUUUCUACAUAGGAACACGUUAUUUAAGUAUUCGAGCAUUUAGGAGAGGCGAGAUUCUACGUUAAGUUUCUCCGUUAGAGAAUGGACAAGUUUAAGUUUUUUAAUCGAUUAGGAUCGAAGUUACGCAUAAAAAGUAAAAAGAGUAUUCCGGAACGAUUUGUUACAGUAGGUGCGUUUGAUAUGUAACCGAGUACCGUUUAUCAUUGUUGAGAAUAUUCUUAUUUCGGUGUCCCCUUAUCGAUGGAGAAAACUCUAAAACAUUCUGUGUAAGAUCAGUGCCGAGGUCGCAGAUAGAAAUUUUACAACCGUCACAUCGAUGUAAUGUUAAUUACAUGAUAAAAAAAAAAAAAAAAAGCAUUGCACACAUUGUACAAUACCACGUGUUAAUAAUCUAAUGCGUUUUAAUUAUAUAUAUACAUAUAUAUAUAUAUACAAAAUAUAUAUAAAAAAAACGACAGAGCGAGACGCUUUUUCUCUGAUAUAUAUAUAUACAUAUGUAUGUAUAAAUAUAUAUAUACACAGAAAAAGACAACUUUUUAUAUGAGAAGCUAUUCGUAAAACGAGUGAAUUAAGAGCAAGUAUAAGGAAAAAAAAAAUAAUGGACUGUUCUGUGUGUAGUAUGGUAAUAGUUGAAUGGAGGAGCAAGUGAAAAACGAAUAUUUUGCAUUUUAUUCCAGUAAAGUAUGAACGAUUGAUCAGACGAGCUAGACGAGAAUUAAAUGUGAUAUUUAUAGCGGAGUACGAGCGACAAACAUUUUCUCGGGAAUCGUGAACUCGCGUCCUUAAUAUUUGUAAUGUUUCAAAGUUAUCUUUCGGUUAGUUGAAUUAGAAGCGAAUUAAUAGCACGGUUUAUUGUACGAUACAAAGUUUACGUCAAUACACUUUCUUUAUGCCAGUUUAUCGUAACACGGAGAAACAAAUCCUAGAUGUCGAAGUAACGGUCGCUCGUAUUCCGCCACAAAUCCAUUUCGUUCUUUAUAAUCGGACAGCUAAGAGACGCGAGAAUGAUAAAUGUGCGUUACACGGAAUAGAAGUGUGUUGUAGAAGUGCGGAGAAUAUUUAAUUAAAUAAAACCUAAAAUUAGAAGAAUUGGUUAA